AUGUCUAUUACUAGAAGGAGGGCAGCUGAAAAGAAGAAGACGAAGGGAUCUACUCAGUAUAACAAGGCUAAUACUGAAGUAGAAGAAGGUACUAUGGCAAAUGGACUCCAUUAUUUACAACAUUCCAUUUCUGAACUAACUAAUAUCUUACCGUCAUAUAAUAUGUAUAUAUUUUGGUCUGCAUCAAUUAUUGAAAGCUGUUUCUUUUACAUAUAUUUAACAUUAUUUAGACCGAUUUUAAGGCCCUUGAUAUUUGAAGAUUAUGGUCAUAAGUAUCUAAUGAAUAUACUUAGUAAUUUAAGUAUUUUCCCAUUUUUGCAAUAUUAUAAUUUUGUGAAAUUUAUAAACGCACUAUUCAAUUGGUUAGAAGCGUGGGAAAUAUCAAACCAAACUCGGUUACUUGGUUUUUCUGCAUCAUUCAUAUUUGGUAAAAUGAUCUAUCGAGGUUAUGAAGUAUGUCCAACUUAUUCUAUAAUAAACUUUUAUCUUGGAAAAUAUCCAAGUUUUUCUACAAUGAUAAUCUCAGUUAUUUCAUCUUCACUUGGAGGUAUUUUAGCUGGUUAUUUACUAUACUAUAUGUUAAAUGAUUUGCAAAUAUUAGAUGAGUCACUACUCCAAUCUUUAAGAAAUCAAUCAUUCAUUAAUUAUCCUAUACAUACAUUUUUUGUAGAAUUGUUUUUGUCUUUUGUAUACAGUCUUGGGGUUAGUAUAGUUUGUAGAGCUGGAUCCCACUUUUAUGGAGCAGCUGAACUUUCUUGGUUCACAAACACAAAUUUGGUAAUAAUUGCAAGGACUCUUAAAGCCCCUGCUCAUCUUACUUUAACUUAUUCAGCUAUGUAUGGUGCCUUUUCAGGUGAUAUACAUGGUGCAAUAAUAACGGGAACAGCCAAUAUAUUCGGAGCCAUUCUACUUAUUCAAUUAUUAAGAUUACACAACUCUACGCCGAAGAGAACUCUAAAGAAUAAACAAAGUAUUAAAAACAAAAGGAGCUAUAAUUAG